AUGCCAACAAAAAUACAUUGUAAAUGUGCCGGUGCCCAUGCCCCAGCAAGUUUGAUUUUUGUUAAAACGGCAAUAACAUGAGUCUCAUGAACAAUUUGCAUUUGCUAGUUUUUGUGGUGACUUGUUCAUAAUUGAGGCCUUCUGGACGACUAAAAGGAACAGCUGAAUCGACUCAAGUGUACUCAGAACACAGCUGUGCGUCUCGUCACAUUAACCAGAAAGUCUGCUCACAUCACACCCAUUCUGAAAGAUCUUCACUGGUUAUCAGUCUUGUACCGGAUAAUCUACAAGCUUCUAUUAAUUGUCUAUAAGAAUCUUAAUGGCAAAGCCCUUUCUUACGUCAUGGAUCUCCUCACACCUUACAAACAAUCUUGCAUGCUUCGAUCAUGUCACAAAUAUCUACUUUCAGAACCCAGGUCACAUAGCUCAUGGGGGGAUAAAUCAUUUUCAGUAGCAGCUCCUCGCCUAUGGAACCAAUUACCAUGACAUAUUCGAAGUUCUGACUCCAUUCAUUAAUUCUAGACAUCCCUGAAGAUCCAUCUCGUGGCUCAGGCAUUUAAUUAGUAUUUCAUUAAUUUUUCUUUACAAAUCUCCAUUAUUAUUAUUAUUAUUAUUAUUGGUGGAACUGUGCAAUAAGAUUGAAUGAUGACACAAACAUUGUCAAGCGUUCGUGUCUAGUAACACAUACCCUUACAUGUACAGUUGCACAAGCAUUCUAGGACCCCACCUGUCAUUACAGAACUUUUCAGCUAGCCCUAUUCACUGCUCAGCUAGCAAGAACUUCACAUUUCCUCUUCAUGUCCUGUGCCAAAUGAUUAAAUGCAGUACCAAUUAGAAACGAAGACUAGGCCAACUCAGGCAGCAGCAAUGCUCUUGGACUUUACUCUGUGAUACACAUCUUCACAAACUGUAAAGAGUGAAAGACAUAUCCAUGUAGUAGGCUAGUGUGAGCAGUUUAAUCAUAUUAAACAUUGAGCACCUCAAACAGGUUAAGGUGUCCUACCUUGUAAAUUAGGGAUUUCCCUAAGACUAAAUGCUGAUUAAUCCAAGCUGUUUGCAUUCAUACGGUCACUGACCCAGUCUGGUCUACCAUACUUUGAAUAAUAAUGGCCUUGUUUGAGACAUGCAUCUUUUUUUAUGACUGAAGUGUUUAAUCUUGCUUCAGAUCUCUUUUUUCCCAUGCUUAAUUAAUGAACUUAAACAUUUUUCUUUCCAGAGUGCACAAUGGCUGCGCCCUCUCUUGCAAGAAACGUGAAUACCUUCCUUCUGAGGGCAUCGGCAUGCUCCAUGCAGAGCAUCCCCUUUACCAAACGUUUGCAACUUCCACUGGCCAUGAAGCAGACUUUGUGCAAACCUGGUCUUGGGCCACACCGAGGAGUGAGCACCGGACAUGUUAGCCACAGCCGGGCAGCUACCUCUGGUUGGGGAGUGAGGUGUGUCAAGCUCGAAGGGAGGGGGCUGGUUAGAGUGGUUGGGCCUGACGCGACUGAGCUCCUCCAAGGGUUGGUCACCAACGAUACUGGAGUGAUGUGGGGUGCAAAUAGAGCCAUGUACGCCAUGUUCCUAAACACCCAGGGAAGAAUCUUAUUUGAUGUCAUGUGCUACCGUGUGUCGGAUGAUGCUUCUAAAGAGCCCAGCUUUUUACUAGAGUGUGACGCGGAGGUCCAGGACAAAUUGGUUAAACACCUCAAGAUGUACAGAGUCAGGAAGAAGGCUGAAGUGUCUAGCGCAGAUGAGCAACUCCAGACGUGGGCUGUCUUCAGUAAGGAUGACGGAGACAUGUCCCCCUUGGCCAUCCCAAAGAUGCAGGCCACAAACUGUGGCAGAUGCCCGACAGAUGUGAAGGACCCAAGGGUGGAAGGGUUUGGGAGGCGGGCCAUUCUUCCGAGGGAGGAGGCGUUGACCCACCUCAUCCCAGACUCUACUGAAGCAGACCCAGAGGAGUACACACUGCACCGAUACCGGUGGGGAGUGCCAGAAGGAGUGAUGGACCUCCCCCAGGGGGAAGCCCUACCCCUGGAAUCCAAUCUAGCUUACAUGAAUGGAGUGAGUUUCAGCAAGGGCUGCUACUUGGGGCAAGAGCUCACAGCCCGUACCCACCACACUGGGGUGACCAGGAAACGAAUCAUGCCCAUCCAGAUACUCAGUCAUGGGAGGUCUCCUCCAGAGGUCGGAGCUAAGAUCAUAUCUGAAGCUGGGAAGAACCUUGGCAAAUUGCGCGGUUACCUUGGCAACAGUGGCCUGGCAUUGCUGCGAGUUGCGCAGUGCCAAGACAAGAAACUUUUGGUCAUUGGUGAAGACGGAAGCCGAACGGAACUAUCAGCAUCAAUUCCAUCAUGGUGGCCCCAGGAACAAGAAGAACUCAGAGAUUACUGAUACAAGAUCGUUCAAAUCCACCGCCAGAUUCUUCAAAUGAGUAAAAAAUGAUGCACGGAGAUACAUGUGGGCUCUCUAAACAUCAAAAAAACCUGUUUUGUUUGAAAAUGCUGUGUAUUUACAAAGUAAAUAUAUAUUUUUUAAUACAUUCUGCCAGUAAUUAGUUGAUUUUUAUUCAGUGGCACUCAAACUUGUCCAAGGCUUUUAAUGCCAUUCUUUAGCCAGCAGUGUUUAAAGAGUACAUUCAGAUAUUUUGUAAACUGAAACCUGUUUUGAUCCAGUGAAUUAGGACAUACUCACAACUGGUCGAGAAUAUACCAUUACAUGCAUACUUUGUAAAUGUCCAAAAAUGAUGUUGACAUCAAAUGUUGUACCCCUGAAAGCAAAAUGGUGCCAUUUCCAAAACAUGCUGGUUCAACAAAGUAUUCUCUAAAUUUUACGCUGUAAUUUGCAUGUGUUAUGCACAUGGCUAGUGCAAACAGCAGGAAAAACCCUGAAAUCUUCAGGACAAUGCUACAAUUGAUUUGUCAUGUUUAAAACUGUGAUCUUUAUUUUGCAAUAUUCAAGUUGUACAUAAAGGACACUGUACAGCAACAUAUUAAUUAAACCUAAAUAUAAAUUAUGCUAGAAUGGUAUUUCAUCAUUUUAUAUUUGUUCAUAAAGCUUACAUUUGAAAUAUGAUUUAUACGUUAACACUUAAGAACAGCCAUUGUUGCACUACUCAUAAUUGAUCGCUGUCGCGGACCUCAAACUCAUAUAAAUUGAACAUUGUUGCACUGCUCGUUACUUGAGAAGUUUUCCCCGUCACGCUUGUGCUCACAGAAUUUACUCAACUAUAACGAAAGUGUUGUAGUGCUCCAAGUACUUUUAUACAUGUUUUUUUAUUUGCAGCAAUGUACUCCACACACUCGCAGCAAUCAAAGAUAGGCUUGCUUAUUCAAUGAGAAAUACAUGGAUGGUUUUGUCAAAAUACACAGUUCAUAAUGAAUACACAGAGAUAGUUUUAUGGCAGUGAAAAAGAAAAUCUGACUUUAAAUAGGAUAAGUUGAACCAAAAGGUCUGAUUGCCAAACACAUGAGGUUUUAUUACAAGUUUACAAGAGAGAUAGAAAGAAAUCUGUGCUGUCUGUGCAUUAACCAA